GAGAGACUGUAAUCUAUUUCCCGGUAUGGCUCUGUCGUGCAAGGAGACUUUUUCUCUUUUAUAUUACGAAUUUGAUGCGGCCACAAAAGAGCCCCCACCAUGGGAACCAGAAUCUUAUAAACUCAUCGACAGGAUAGCAGCCGACGAAGGAAGAUUUACUUCAACUAGCGAAGUGAUCAUUAACACCGAAACCAGAAGUAUACCGAUUACAAAGAAAGGCGUUUAUUUCGCAUUUAGAGACCAAGGUGCUUGUUUGUCUCUGAUUGCUAUUAAGAUAUAUUACGUUACCUGCCCCAACGUAACUAGGAAUUUUGCAUAUUUUCCCUCUACACCUACCGGAAAAGAAGUGACUGCUAUAGUGCCUGCUGAAGGACAGUGUGUUGCCAAUGCCGCCAUUGUGGACACGCCGAGACUUCUUUGUAAAGGCGAUGGCAAUUGGACUUUACCUUCUGGAGGUUGCAAAUGCAUGGCCGGUUAUGAAUCACUCGGACAGGGCUGUCAAGUGUGUGAUAUUGGAACUUUCAAAUCAUCCAUUGGUGAUGAAAAAUGCUCAUCAUGCCCAUUACAUAGCACAGCACCAUACACAGGCUCAAUUGAAUGUAAAUGUGAUGAUGGCUAUUAUAGAUCACCAAAAGAUCCUAAAAAGCAACCAUGCACAGAACCACCAACAGCUCCUCAAAACUUAACAGUCAGUUUCAUUGAUCAGUCUACUGUAGUAUUAAUGUGGCAAGCCCCAUCUUAUCUUGGUGGUCGUAAUGAUACUUUUUAUAGAGUAGUAUGUGAUGCAUGUGGGAAUGCAGUAUCAUAUAUUCCUUCAGAAAAUAAAUUUAAUGAAACUAAAGUAACAGUUAGUGGAUUGCAUCCAGUCACAACAUAUAGAUUCCAAGUCUUUGCCGAGAAUGGUGUUUCAGAAUUUACUAAAAGCAAAUAUACCGACAUUACAGUUACAACCGAAGCAUCAGUUCCAUCUGCUGUUGCUAAUGUAAGGGCAAUCUCGGUAAAAAGUACAGAAAUAUUAUUAACUUGGGAUCCACCAGAUGAUCCAUUUUCUGAAAUUGAAGUCUACGAAAUACGUUAUUUUCAACGUAAUUAUGAAAAGAAUGCAUCGAGUAUCUUGACAAAAAAAGAGGAAAUCUCUUUCACCAAUCUCAAACAAAUAACUGAAUAUGGCUUUCAGGUUCGCACAAAAACUACUCAUGGAUGGGGAGAAUAUAGUCGACCAACAUAUAAGUUUACAGGGCAAUUAGUGAGUAGCCCAACUCCGGUAGAAACUGAUGAUCCAGUACAAGUACCAAUUAUAGCUGGAGCAACAGUAGCCGUAAUCGUAUUAUUAGUUGUCAUAGUGGUUAUGAUUGUUUUAUACAUCAGAAGGAGUUCUGAUGAAUGCAAUAAGAAGCAACCAAGUGAUUGUGAUACUUUAGAAUAUCAUACUGGUGAAGGUAAAAAAUUAGUAACAGCUUUAGAUCAUCCUCCUAUUGUUCCUACUGCUUUGUUGACAACUCCCUUGUUUACUCACUGUGCAGCUACCCGAUCUUACGUAGAUCCACAUACUUACGAAGAUCCAAACCAGGCAGUUCGAGAAUUCACAAAAGAAAUCGAUGCCUCACAUAUCACUAUUGAAGCAAUUAUUGGAGGAGGUGAAUUUGGCGAUGUAUGUAGAGGCAAUUUAAAAAUUCCUGGACAGCCAGAAAUUACAGUUGCUAUUAAAACUCUUAAGCCUGGUUCAUCAGAUAAAGCUAGAAUGGAUUUCCUGACAGAAGCCAGCAUAAUGGGGCAGUUUGAUCAUCCUAAUGUUAUAUAUCUACAAGGAGUAGUCACUAAAACUAAUCCUGUUAUGAUAAUUACUGAGUAUAUAGAAAAUGGAUCAUUAGAUACAUUUCUUAGGGCAAAUGAUGGAAAAUUUCAAGUAAUACAAUUAGUUGGGAUGUUGAGAGGAAUUGCAGCUGGAAUGCAAUAUCUCUCAGAAACUAACUAUGUUCAUAGGGAUCUUGCAGCUAGAAAUGUUUUAGUUAGUGCCAAUCUUAUUUGUAAAAUAGCUGAUUUUGGUUUAUCUCGGGAGAUUGAAAGUGCUACAGAAGGAGCAUAUACUACUAGAGGAGGAAAAAUACCGGUCCGAUGGACAGCUCCGGAAGCAAUUGCAUUCCGAAAAUUUACAUCAGCAAGCGAUGUGUGGAGUUUUGGAAUCGUCUGUUGGGAGGUUAUGUCUUAUGGCGAACGACCAUAUUGGAAUUGGUCUAAUCAAGAUNAAUGUAUUACUUGGCUUUAAUUUGAGUAUGUUUUUCGCGUUGGAACGAAUUAUUUGAUUUUACAUGUAAUCGAUUGUCCGGAAGCUAUUCAUCAACUGAUGUUAGACUGUUGGCAAAAAGACAGAUCGCAUCGUCCAAUGUUUGCCACAAUUGUGAAAACACUGGACAAAUUGAUGCGAUGUCCCGAAAGUUUACGAAAAAUUGCCAUGAACAGGCAUCAGAAUCCGCUAGAUCCCAAUGCACCAGAUUUGACGCAGUUCAAAACAGUAGAAGAAUGGUUAACCAGCAUAAAAAUGGGACGAUACUUAGAGAAUUUUCAACAGUCAAAUAUCACUACGCUCGAAGAAGUGGCAAGGCUAACCCUUAAGGAUUUGACGGCUUUAGGUAUUAAUUUAGUAGGACACCAAAAGAAAAUUAUAAACAGUGUGCAGACGAUGAGAGCUCAGUUAAGUGCAAAUAUGUCCGAAGGAUUCUUAGUCUAGCGUAGACUAUUUAUAUAAAUAUUCUGUCGAAAGAUGGACGAACAAAUGCAACAAAGCUAUGUUUUCAAAUCAUAAUUUACUGUGAUGUGCAGCUAAGAUCUGAGAAAAGAAUGCACACAGUAAUCAGUAUGAACGUGAUGUAAAAGACAAUUGCUCAUAAUUAUUCUUGGUAGAAAAAUCACAUAUUCUUCCAAUUUUAAAUGGAGCAGAUAUUGUGUAUAAACAAUAUGAAUAUAUACAUAUAUAUACACAUAUCAUUUUCUUUUGUAUAAAAAGUGUUAUGGUGAUAUUGUUUCAUUCGAGAGAGUGUUUGCUAAUAAGCUCAUCAUAAAACAGAUUCAAACUAUCCAGAAUUUCAGUUUGUUUCGACAGUGACAAUGUAAACUUGCGUUACAAACCAAACAAAGAACCAACAUUCAUAGUUUUUAUUCAAGUUUUUAAAGAACAUAUUUUUGUAGCAUGACCAAAAUUAUUUAACUUCAGGCUAAUAAAAAAAAAUGGAUUUGAGUCUUCUGAAUUCCAACCUAGAACACUUAUCUGUAUGCAUUUAAACCUCCCCCCGUCCUGUUUACUUCCAUAUCCUAUUAGGCAAGGAAUUGGGGAGCUGCCAAAAUAGUUCCUAUGCCUUGCCAUGUAACACGAAGUUGCUCUCCAUUGCUCUCCACCCUUGCCAAUAAUAAAAUAUGCAACAAUUUUUAAAAAACCCCCUGCUCUACACUAUCACUCAAGGCUGGACGUCCAAGUGCCGAGAAGCGAGGAAAAGGAAAUUCGCAAAUAGGAAUUGCAUCAAAAUUUACUUCUGCAGAUAAUCGUCGAAUCAGAAGCCCGUCUGUGAAUUUUUGAAGAAAGUUUUUGACGUGAGCGUCCGAAAUCUCUCAUUCGAAAAGAAGAUACGCUCAAAUUUGUGAAUUGGAACGGGCGCGUCGGCAUGCUCCCACGUCUUCCUCUUUUCCUCUCAACUGCUGACGGACGCCGAGCCGAACAAGUGCUCACGUGAUGGUGCUGAAUUAAGGUAUUUUAGAUGCUUUAUUUCCUCCAAGAAAAAAGGUCUCCGCAAGAAACUUGCCUCCGACGGCCACGAUAGCAUUUCCAAUCGUAUUUUGUACAUUUCCUGCCAUUUUUCCACAAUACAAGAAUCUGUGGACCAUAUUUCCAAUAUUUUGUGAACAUAACUGUGAUGUAUUAUUUCCCUUAACUCUACGGCUAUUCCACCAAUGUAUAUUUAUUUUGGUUAAGUGGCUACAGAGGGCCACUGACACCAUAUCUAAUACACGAAAGAUAUGCAAUGUGAAUGGCUACGCGAAUAUAGUUCCAAUGUUGUGAAUCCAGUGUUAUUUAUUUGAAAAGACUGGUUAACUUGUGCUGUGUUGUAAAAUAAAAAAUGUACAAAUUUUUUUGUAUUAUACUGUUCCUGUUUAUACAUAUGGAAAAAAUGGUAUAGAUUGUGAUGUUUGAAUUCAAAGAUGGUGUUUUAUUACAAUAGAUGUAAUGCUAAAUAAUAUGUGUGCUUGCAGCUAUGUCCUGUACAGAUGUGCUAAGGUAGGUUUGUGUAUAGAAAGCAUAUCUUAAGAUUUUUUUGUGGCAGGCUGAUAAUUUUGUAAAUUUUAGUUGGAACAGAGACAAAAAAAAAA